AUAGAAAUGAGGGGAAAAAAUAAAGGAAGUAUAUAUGAGAACGGAAUCCCAACAAAUUAACAAGCGGAAGGCAAGAACGCCAGCAAAGACCAAACCUUGGAGCUUCCUUCCUUCCAACUAUGCCACGCUUCAUUGAACAAAACGUUUUACUUCUUCUACCUCCUCCUCUGUUCCACAUAAUAAAUUAUUAAUUAAAAUCCCCACUUUCUCCAUUUUCGAUUCUCUCUAUAACCAAACCCAAAAAACCGAUCGAAAGGAACCAAAGGAUCCUUGUCACAGCCGCCCCCUUUUCUCCUUAAGAGGAUGUGACAGAGAGGGUGACUGAGAGUUUUAGAGAGAGAACCACUUUCCCCAUUAUUGUAUUGUUUUCCAUCUCAAUUAAACUCUAUCCGGUUGUUCUUUCUGGUGGAUUAGGUUCCAUUAAAGAGCUACCAAACUCUGUUUUCCCCUCCCCCUCUCUUGCUCUCCUUCCUCCUCCUCCUCAAAAGCUUCUCAUAAACCUCGGGAAGCAAGAAGGAAAAUCCAAAACUCAAAAGGGUUCAUAGAUAGUUUGAUGAUGGAGAUGAUGUAUUUGCAGUUGGGAAGGUCUUCUUACCAGGAUUCCCUCAAAGUCCUAGAGGCUGAUAUCCAGCAUGCUAAUUCCUUGGCUGCUGAAAUCCCUAGGGGGAAAGGUGGUUCCCAUCUUCAGAUGAAACUAGUCUACAACCAGUGGGCUCCCCUUUUCUUGUACUUGCUUCAGACAUUAGAAAGCUCUUGCAUUUAUCUACUCCCUAGAUACCUUAAUCUCUUCCAUGUCCUUGUAUAUAAGGUGAAUGAUGACGGUAGACCGCGAAUAACGACUCAUGGAAGGAAAGCAACCAUAAAGGAGUUCUAUGGUGUUAUCUUGCCUUCCCUUCAGAGGCUGCACAGCAGCUUGGAUGAAAUGGAACUGGAAGGCUUUUCGACCAUUGAUAGUUUGAGAAUAAAAAAUGUGGAUGCAGAUCAUCACGAUAAGCUUAUCAGCAUCGAUUUGGAAAGGGAAGAUGAAUGUGGCAUCUGCUUGGAGCCUUGCACCAAGAUGGUGUUGCCUAAUUGUUGCCACGCAAUGUGCAUCAAAUGCUACCAGAAUUGGAACACAAGGUCAGAGUCAUGUCCAUUCUGCCGAGGCAGCUUGAAGAGAGUGAACUCGGAAGACCUAUGGGUGCUCACUUGCAAGAACGACGUGGUCGAUACAAAACAGAUUACAAGGGAAGACCUCUUAAGGUUCCACCUCUACAUCAACAGCCUGCCGAAGGAUUAUCCAGACGCUCUCUUCUUAGUGUACUACGAGUAUCUAUUCUGAAUUCGGGAAUUGGAACCAGCGAGAGUGAUCCAGUGGUGUGUAGAGAGGGAUAGCCAAUGCCGACCAAGAUCAAGUGUAAAUAGUGUGGUAAGUGCAGCUAGCCAUGUCUCUCUCCCAACAUUCUUCGGGAGCAGGCCAUCAUCAUUUGGAAAAACAGCUCUAUUGCGUCGUUUCAUGAGUUUCGUAUCAAGAUCCUGCAUUUGGGGAAGGCGAACUAUGCUCCGAAGAUCGGAGCAUGAUUUGCUGGUUCCUGCAAGAACCAAAUGCGGUACAAAGAAUACCAUAAUCUUCUGUAUUAUGUAAGGUGUUGAGGAUGAGAACUGCCCAGAACUGCGUUGUGGCUUUUGUUUCUCACUUGUAAUCGCGAAAAAAUUUAAUUCCUGAUUCCCUGAUCAUUGGCCUUCAUUUGGCAUCUUACAAUAAGGAAAAAGUACGAGUCUUUGGAGUUGGGAUUUUGUUCUGACUACUAGUGUUUUUCCCUGUGGUGGCUGCGGAUUUGUAAUGGUCCAAUGUCCAUAAUCUCCAUAUGUUUGGUACAUAAGCUGAGUUGUGAUGUUGAUGAAAUCCAUUGCAGUAAUGAUGCCAAAUUGGGUAGGAAUGACUCCAUUGCAUUACUAACUGAUGAGAGAAAUUUUAGGAUGUGCUGUAAGCCAGUAAUGCAGUGGAAGAAGUAUCAAUCAAUCGUUUGGUAUCCUUAUCUGUGAAACAACUAGUCCAUUCUAUAGGGUGAGCAAGGGAAUCGAUUCCGAUUUACCAAUGUUAAUAGUGUUCUUUGCACCUUAAGUUUGUCAUUUCUUCCCUUAAAUCGGUUUACGAUUAGAUGGUUGCUCUCGAGAAGAAGACUCGCGAUCAGACGACCUCAACACCAGCUGAGCUCGGGAAGGCCAUCCAGGAGGCUGCCAUGGAAGGGGACGAACUGACAAAGAAUGACGAAGAACACAAGCUACAAGGGGAGAGCCUCUGAAUGAAUUCGACUCAAUAAA